UGCGGGCUGGGGGAUCUGUCUGUCUGCCCGGGCGUUUGCGAGGACGCGAUUAGCUCUAAGGAGCACUGUCCGCGACCGGGAAAGAGGAGGAGGAGGAGAAGGUGGAGGAGGAGUGCAACGCUGGCAGCAUGAGCGAGUGGAACUAGCAAAGCACCGUCAGUCCGCAGAGGAGAGGGGGAGGAGGCACUGCCCAGGCCAGCCCGUGGGCGCCGAUCAGCGCGGGCCAUCUCGGCCGGCAGCAGUGCCUUCUAAGCAAAAAAGCCCCCCGCGGCCCGGGCUGCAGCGGUCAGACGGAUGCCAAGGCCACACGGUAGGCACGCGGACAGCCGCUGCAGUCGCCGUCCCACGCGGGCUUCGGACCUCAGGGCUUGCCGCCAUAAUUUUAAAUGAAUCACCAAACAUUUCAUCAAAUUGAAGCCCAGUUGAUACAGUCAGCUAAGAUCAUCUUCUUCAACUGAGCCAACAGUCAUCCCAUCAGAACAAAACAAAAACAAAAAAACAUCGCAUUUGUUUGGACCUGUUGAAGAGCUGGUUGCAGCUCUCUGAUCAUGUGCUUUGUCCUAUUGGACAUAUGAAGUAAUUGAGAAGAAGCAGCGAACGCCAUCAUCAUAGCCAAGACAGCAUGGAUCAGCCAUUUACCGUCAGUUCUCUGAAAAAGUUGGCUGCUAUGCCUGACCACACAGAUGUUUCUCUCAGCCCUGAAGAGCGAGUCCGCGCACUCAGUAAACUCGGCUGUAACAUAACCAUCAGCGAAGAUAUCACUCCCCGCCGCUACUUUAGAUCUGGAGUAGAAAUGGAGAGGAUGGCGUCUGUGUAUUUGGAAGAAGGAAACUUGGAGAAUGCUUUUGUCCUUUAUAAUAAAUUUAUAACCUUGUUUGUGGAAAAGCUUCCCAACCAUCGAGACUACCAGCAAUGUGCAGUGCCCGAAAAGCAGGAUAUUAUAAAGAAACUCAAGGAGAUUGCAUUCCCAAGGACAGAUGAAUUGAAAAAGGACCUUUUAAAGAAAUAUAACAUAGAGUACCAAGAAUAUUUGCAAAGCAAAAACAAAUACAAAGCUGAAAUUCUCAAGAAGCUGGAACAUCAGCAGUUGAUAGAGGCGGAAAGGAAGCGAAUUGCGCAGAUGCGCCAGCAGCAGCUGGAAUCAGAACAGUUUCUGUUUUUUGAAGAUCAACUCAAGAAGCAAGAGUUAGCUCGAGGUCAGAAUCAGGAAAGCCCUGCCUUGUCGGAGCAGGUUGAUGGGAGUGCUUUGUCCUGCUUCUCUGCACGCCAGAACAACACCUUGCUGAAUGUCCUUGCAGAUCAGCCCAAUAAAAGUGAUGCAACCAAUUUCGCCAGCAACUCUCCUCCGGUAAACAGGGCCUUAAAGCCAGCUGCAACUCUAAGUGCUGUUCAGAAUUUAGUAGUUGAAGGACUGCGAUGUGUAGUUUUAUCACGAGAUCUUUGCCACAAAUUUCUGCUGCUGGCAGAAUCUAAUACAGUGAGAGGAAUAGAAACCUGUGGAAUACUUUGUGGAAAACUGACACAUAAUGAAUUUACUAUCACCCACGUAAUUGUGCCAAAGCAGUCUGCAGGACCAGAUUACUGUGACAUGGAGAAUGUAGAAGAAUUAUUUAAUGUCCAGGAUCAACAUGAUCUCCUCACUCUGGGCUGGAUCCAUACACACCCAACCCAAACUGCAUUCCUGUCCAGCGUUGAUCUUCAUACUCAUUGCUCCUAUCAGCUCAUGUUGCCAGAGGCGAUUGCCAUUGUUUGUUCACCAAAGCAUAAAGACACUGGCAUCUUCAGGCUCACCAAUGCAGGCAUGCUUGAGGUUUCAGCGUGUAAAAAGAAGGGCUUUCACCCACAUACCAAGGACCCUAGGCUGUUCAGUAUAUGCAAACAUGUGUUGAUAAAAGACAUAAAAGUUAUUGUGCUGGAUCUGAGGUGAUGCGUUACGAAGAUUAGUGUGAUCAUCGACUCUGGACAACUACCCAUGGAAAUGUGGCUUCUGGGUUUUCUUAAGAUGUUUCCAGAAAUUACUGAGAUUUUAUAUUUAUACAUUUUAGAUCAGAAAGUUUGAUAUUUAUUGCUCCUGUACAUUCUGGAGUUUUCUUUUUGAGUUGUUCUGUCUCAAGAGAGGUCAUAAUGGUGUUGAAUCAAAACCUAUUAAUGUACCCAAAUACUAGGGCCAGAUAAUAAAUUGUGCUACAGACAA